CUAUCGUGUCCAUCGUCGCUCAUUCCCUUGUACCUACUUUUUGGCAUGCCUACCCAGUUCGAGUUGCGUCAGAAGAACGCUCAAUUCGCAAACGCCGUUCGCUCAGGUAAAAAGGCAGUCAAGCCUUCUCGCCAAGAGCAGUUGUCGAAACGGAGCCCCAUUAGUUUGUGGGCUCUCGGUAUUAUCCUCUUUGUGGUUGUAGGCGGAGUGUUAUUCGAACUCGGAAGGUUGAUAUUUCUCUGAGUACGGCUCGGUGGAGAUGAGCCCAUAGCGCGUUACACUUCUCACUACAUACGACCUGGCAUUGCUUCCUUGUAUCACCCGAUAAUUCCUCUGGAUCAGUACUGCGCACGCAUUUUUUCAGUUGUCAUCGUCCUCUGCGUCUACAUUGC